AAAAAAAAAAAAAAAAAAAAAAAAAAAAAAAAAAAAAAAAAAAAAAAAAAAAAAAAAAAAAAAAAACUACUUUGCUCGGAAGUAUUCGGCGCGCAGUCACAGCAGCAGCAACAUCCCUUUUACAUUUUCGGGCGUUCCCCUGCUCAGCAACAGCAACAACAACAACAACAGCAUCAACAGCCACAGCAAUAUCAGCAGCAGCAACAGCAUCAACAGCCACAGCAAUAUCAGCAGCAGCAACAGCAUCAACAGCAACAGCAACAGCCUCAACAACCGGGUAUUAUUUUUCAACCACCAAAUUUGCUUAACAGUACACAGAUUAAAACCACCAUGGAGUU